GUUUCGGUAGAGUAAUAUAUUAGGGAAACUUUUAACUUCCCAAUUUUAGGGUAUAUAAACUACAGAUUGUUUUAGGGAAGCUUAUUUUCAGACAGCGUGAAGUAAAACCAUGGCAGGAGUUUGGAUGGUUAUCUUCGUAUACGUCUUGUUCUUUUGUGCGGCUAGUUGUCAGCAAAUUUAUUCCGAUGACAAAAAUGACUGCGACCGUAAUGAUCAGACGAUUGAAAUAUUGAACGAAAAGAUUGAGUACUUACGACAGGAGAACGCGAAACAGAUAGAUUCCUUAAAACAAGAAAUCGCGCGGAUUAAGAAAAAUGAAACUAACAUCCACGAAGAUUUGAAGAAUAUACUGGAAACCAUCAAGUCAGGUAACUCUCUCUCACUCUCUCUCUCUCUCUCUCUCUCUCUCUCUCUCUCUCUCUCUCUCUCUUAGAGUAUAUUACGGUUAUUAUCAAAUCAUGUAUUUAUGUUUUUCUUUCAGAGUUAUAUAAAAAUUGUAAGAACCUCUAUAUCCAUGGUAAUACAGCAUCUGGUGUUUAUGAGAUAUACCCAUUUGGCAUUGAAAGCAAAGUCAGCGUCUUCUGUGACAUGUUGACAGAAGGUGGAGGGUGGACAGCUAUCCAGAAACGUGUCAAUGGGUCAGUCAGUUUCGAUAGAACCUGGGCAGACUACAAGACGGGAUUCGGGAAUCCUAACGCAUCCUACUGGAUUGGAAAUGACGUUAUCCAUCAACUUACCAAGAGAGGGAACUCCUCCCUCUACGUAUCUAUCACACUGACUAAUGGGACAAAACUCUAUGAAUUAUACAACCAGUUCUCUGUUGCUGACGAAACCAGCAAAUACAGACUUUUUCUUGGCGGACCAGCUACCGGGACCCUAGGAGACUCUAUGUUACACACCGGUUCUUCUCGUUUCUAUCUGUCUGGGAUGUCCUUCAGUACCCUGGACAGAGAUAACGACAGGUGGAAUUAUAACUGUGCUACUUGGAGUGACCUUAGAGGGGGCUGGUGGUUUAACUACUGUCAUCUUGCCUUCCUUAACGGUCCCUGGUCCCCGGGAGACUGGAUCUACCCAUGGUAUCCUACAGUGACUAAUGGUAAACAGAUAAAAGAAACUCGGAUGAUGAUCAAACCUACCUGACUUUUUAUAUCUUUAUAUACAUACUUGUUCACGCAUGAUAUGAAAAGUUAUAUACUUUUAGUGUAAGUGAUGAAAAUUUGAUUGUUAGACAUAAAUGUUGGUAUCGAUGUUAUAUUACAUAACAAAUUUAUAAAUAUAGUAUGAUUUUGUGUAAUGAAUUUAAUGAAAAGUCCUAACAUGUAUUAUGU